AUGGGUCUGAAAUCCAGGACCAACCAGACGUUGGAUGAAGAGGAUCCCUUACUGACAGCCAGUGACAGAAGCCCCAGCCCAGACUCCUCCCUCAGCUCUGUGGACACACAUACUCCCACUGAGCUGAGCCACCGUUGUGCUGCAGUGAGGGGGAGCACAGCACCUCCACCACCUAGCCGACAUCAUUGGAGAGGAACAUCUGAAAAGGCCUUUGCAGAGAGUUUCAGUACUGCUGUUAGUAAGAUGGCGGUGGAUGCUGCUCCAGAAGUCAGGUACCACGGACAACAGAUGCUCCAGGGACUUGCCCACCAGAAGGAGCUCCUGGUCCUCUGGGAUAGACUCAUCCCAGUGAAAGACAGACGCCCCUUGCAGAAGAUCUUGCAGAACAUGAGGCUAUGUCCGCCCACCAUAGAGUCAUGGUUCUGCUCGAGGUUUCUUCCCGUUAAAGGGAAGUUUCUCCUCGGCACUCUGCAGCGUGGCAACUGUCCCAUGCUCUGGUUCAACUUCAACAGCCACUGCUACAAGUACAUCGCCACAGACAUGACCUGGGCUGAUGCAGAGCUCCACUGUGUGUCAGAGGGAGCCAACCUGGUGUCCAUCCACACUCAAGAUGAAGACAAUUUUGUCAGAUCUCUGAUCCAGAACUUUGACCCCACGCAGGGGUAUUCCUGGAUCGGACUGAGUGACAUUCAUAAAGAAGGCAGAUGGAUGUGGUCUGAUGGGUCUGCAGUGGACUUUGUCUUUUGGACCACAGGGGAGCCAAACAACACUAGCGGAGCUGAACACUGUGUUAUAAACAACUUUGGUACAGGUCUGAAAUGGAAUGACCAUCACUGUUCUGUUAUUCAUGCCUGUUUAGACGCCAACAUGCUCUCGCUCCUCUUGUUGUUUGGUCUGGCUCUGGGUGCUGUGUCUUCUCCAGAUGUGAAGCUACAGCGUGGCAACUGUCCCAUGUUCUGGUUCAGCUUCAACGGCCGCUGCUACAAGUACAUCUCCACACGUUUCACCUGGGCUGAUGCAGAGUUCCACUGUGUGUCAGAGGGAGCCAACCUGGUGUCUAUUCACAGUCAAGAUGAAGAGAAUUUUGUCAGAUCGCUGGUUUCGAACUUUGACCCUGUUCAGGGAGCAACCUGGAUCGGACUCAGUGACACCCAGAGUGAAGGCAGAUGGAUGUGGUCUGAUGGGACUGCAGUUGACUUUACCUUUUGGUAUUCAGGCAUGCCAAACGGUGGAGACGGCCAAAACUGUGUUCACAACAACUAUGCCACACAGUGGAAUGACUAUCAGUGUUCCUAUGGUUUUCCCUCUGUGUGUGCAACUCGCAUAAACUGUCCAUAGCAACUGAGACAGUAACAUAUGUCUGACUGAGCUUGAUCACUGUUCACCUGUUGCUCUGUUGGCAUGAAUUAGGCCUCUACAAUAAAGACACAAAUGUACACUG